AUGCAGGAUGACUACUCUCUUUCUAUGCUCAAGUCAAGUGUAGUGCCAGAAGAACUUGCCACUGUUCUGCUGAAGAAACUUUCAGAGGAGGGAGUGUGUUCGUACAUCCCUCCCUGCGCAAGAGACGAUCAGGAGAACUCUGAGAAUGUCACGUACAAGCAGAAAUACUGGAAAGAGAAAGUGGGUUCACAACCAUUUACAUGCUAUUUUAACCAGCACUUGAGGCCAGAUGAUGUGAUGCUGAAGCGCACCCAUGAUGAGACUGUCCUCUUGCACUGCUUCCUCUGGCCUCUGGUUACAUUCUUGGUCGGAGUCCUCAUCGUGGUCCUGACUAUCUGUGCCAAGAGCUUGGCUGUCAGGGCAGAGGCAAUAAAAAAGAAGAAGCAUUUGUAA